ACAUAUUUCUUGCAUAAUUUGCCCAGUAAAAUGAGAUCCCCUGUCACUCUUGAUGGUCAUUUAUAAGAAGAUUCUAAAGAAGUAGUCCCCCUUCAUUAAUUAAGGUGAUGGCUGUGGAGAAUAUGGAAGUCGGAAGCAAUAGCACCCCUGUGACAGAAUUUGUUUUGGUAGGCUUCACAAGAGAACCACAUCUGCAAGUUGUUCUCUUUUUGCUGUUCCUCUUCUCCUACACCCUGACAAUGAUGGGGAACCUGGGCCUAAUGACAUUAAUAUUCCUGGACUCACACCUGCACACGCCCAUGUACUACUUUGUGAGCAGCCUCUCCUUUCUCGACAUUUGGUAUUCCACUGUCUACACCCCCCGGAUUCUAACUGACUGCAUUUCUAAGAGACAGGUCAUGUCUUAUGCUAGCUGUGCUGCCCAGUUUUUCUUCUCUGCUGGUUUAGGCUUCAGUGAGUGCUACUUGCUGGCUGCUAUGGCUUACGACCGCUAUGUGGCCAUCUGCAAUCCUUUACUCUACUCCUCUGUCAUGACUAGGAAGCUCUGUUUUCAGAUGGUGGCCAGCUCCUAUGCUGCUGGCUUUGCCAAUGCCAUUGUGCACACAAGCAACACUUUCCGCCUGCACUUCUGCGGGGACAACACCAUCAACCACUUCUUCUGUGAUGUACCACCAUUGCUGAAGAUGGCCUGUGAUGACACCAAGGUCUAUGAGAUUAUUUUGUCUACUGUUGUGGGUUGCAACAUGCUGGCCACCACUGCACUCAUCCUGAUCUCCUACAUGGCAAUCCUGGUGGCCAUCUUGCGCAUCCGCUCAGUUAUUGGCCAGCGCAAGGCCUUCUCUACCUGCUCUGCUCAUUUGAUCUCUGUAUCUCUCUUUUAUGGGUCCAUCCUCUUCAUAUAUGUACAGUCCAGCUCCCAGCACACCUCUGACUGGGACAAGAUUACUGCCUUAUUCUACACUGUAGUUAACCCUCUAGUCAACCCUAUCAUUUACAGCCUGCGCAACAAAGAUGUAAAGGUGGCAUUUAAAAAAGCCCUUGGAAGAACCAGAGGACCCAGGUAA